AUGUAUAUCGUCAUCAUCCCGCUGGUCACGAAGAUCGCACGAGGCUCAUCCACAAACGAAGAGGCCAGUGUUUUUCAGGCUGGUUGGGAAGUUUUUACGGCGAGCGCUCAUCAUCAUUUAAGCUCCUGCGACAAAAAGCCAUACACUAAAGAUGCCGCCGUGGCCGCCGCUGCGAGCGACAGUGCCGACCCGAAACUGGAUGCACGGCAACGAUUUGCGGACAUUCUUCAGCAUUUGGCCGAAAAACGCCGCAAUGAUGUUGAAAGCGAUGACGGAUGGACACAAAAGGUGGCAGGUGUUGGUGGACAGAAAAGGAGCAAACCGGCCGAUAACGACGACGAAUGUCGCAACGUGUCACCGCUGUCCCCGGGCCAGAGGCGAAAAGCUUUGCAACGGUCGCUGCCGCCUCGUGCCUCGCUCGCUGGCGUGCGCGACCAUAAAUCUUCAUUGCUGAACGAACAAACGUAA